UUUCCAGAGGAGUUUCGCGUGUCAGUCAUUCCUGAAGGAGAGCAUACAAAUCCACAGAAAUGGCUGUUUUUCACGACGAAAUCGAAAUAGAGGAUUUUGAAUAUGACGAAGACACAGACACAUACUAUUACCCUUGUCCGUGUGGAGAUAGAUUUGCAAUUACCAAAGAAGAUUUGGAGAAUGGUGAAGAAGUAGCGACGUGCCCAAGCUGCUCCCUUAUAGUUAAAGUCAUCUAUGACAAGGAGGACUUCAUGAGUGGAGAAGUUAUAGAAGCACCGACUGCAGACAGGAGGCUGGAAGUCUCCCAGAGUUGAUCGUCAUGACUGUCAUCAGUUAGGCCUCCACAAAUACAAAGUCUAUGGGCCUCCACCUGACUCCAUAGGACAACAUGGGCUUGUUUAUGGAAGAAUGCACACAGAGACAUAUAGCUCACAUAUAUGAUGGACUUGAUUGAGAAGACAUAGAUAGCACUGCCAUUUUUGCACAUAUUGUAAAUUAGUUUUUUGGAAGCUAUUUAUUUUUUUAUUGUAUAAAGGCCGAAGCAGGACGAGAAGAUGUGCCUGAGCCGAGUGUUUUGUUUGCUUGGACACCACCAAGUGGUUAAACACGGUUGAAACAUCCAUGCCUGUCUCAUAAUUUUAGCGGUGCACGAAAAUUGUUCGAUGACCAGAUGCAAGCAGAUACUCCGUUCUAGUGAUUGGGUAGCAAUGAAGUUCUUGAAUGCAUACACCUGUUUGUAUGCACAGAGUGCAUUUAAAACUACACAUGGGAGUUUUUUUGAAAGAAAUGAACCAAUAAUGCCAUUCUUUUUUUUUUUCUAGCAGCCUUUUUAGCAGCAUUUUAACUAACAUUGUAUGAUUGUUGGAAAAGCUAGUCAACUCUGUUUGAUUGUGACCUUAAAAAUACCAGAAGAUUCCAGCUAAUACAAAAUGUUUUUGCAGAGCUAGUAAGCAUAAUCACAGCUCACAGGGAUACACAGCUUGUGAUUAAGAAAGUUAAGCAAAUCAAGGAUAGUUCUUGAAUCAAUGCAUUGAAUGCAUUAAGUCAAUGAAAGGUUCACCAUCAGUAUGACAAAGAUGGACUUACACACACACACUCACACUGUCUCUCUUUCUCUUUCUCUCUCUCUCUCUCUGAUUACGUCCAGAAACAAAAUAUUGAUCACUCUGUAAAAUCAGGCAUAAUCCAGGAAAGCAGUGUCAGCUUUGCUAAAGUUUGUCUAUAUGAUGUUUUGGUCCCAAAAGGGGGCUUUUAUUUAAUUCCAACAAAUUUACAUUUGUUCGUGUGUUGACUUUUUUUCAAAAAAUUUUAAUGCGUCAUCCGGGAAGCUAAUGUGAAUCACAUUACAUAUGACAUUAGGGCAGCACGAUUUGGGGAAAAUAUCUGCGAUUUUUCUGACCGAUAUGGUUUUUAAAUGUUAAUGAAUUGGUUCAAUAUUCCAGAUGUCCAGAAGUUGUGGCGCUUCUGAUUGGCUAGCGUGCCGGGUGCGUGCGAGCCAAAGCACUCCUGAUUGGCUGUGAAGCUCACCAGUGAAGUUUUGUGCUUCUUGCAUGCUGUGCACUCACCAAACAGAAGUGGCACAGUCAAGGAGGAUGACAUUAAUAUAAAAGUCAUAAAUGUGACUAGAUUAUCUGAAUUAGAUAAUUGUGUUGUUCAUAUCGUGAUUGCCAAUUGUGACGCGAUAAUUGUGCAGUCUUACAUGAAACACAUGAUCUGGGAAUACAUGUUUGGGCAUGGAUAUAGUCUUCCCAGACUUUGUAGGAUGAAAUACAUGUUUUCAGUAUGAUAGCAAAUUAAAUGAUUGCCUACCAUUGAUUUUAAGUCCUACAAUCAGAGAGAAUGAGAGUAAAAAAGUUUGAUGUUGAGGGCAAAAACUAUGAAAAGUACCAAUAUGGCAUCAAUUAAUGCAUUCAAUCUCCACAACUAAUGGGUGUUGUUUUUAACAUGAAAUCUAUGUGGAAAAAGCUGCAUAUUCUUUAUGUCGUUUAGUGUAAAGUGUCAAUGCCAUACAUCAUGCACCACUCAGAAAUACAUUUAGUACUGUUUUAGCUCUGCUCCAUUAUGGGUGUUAUUUCCCUUGAUGUUAAACAAUGAUUACUUUUAUCUAGGUGGUACAUCAUUAACACUGCACUAAAUUGCCAUUGAGCUAUUUUCACAUAUACUUUAGGGAGUCAGCCCUCAAAUCAUGUGACAUUUUUUGCACUUUUUCCCAUAUCUAUAGGGUGUUAAAGAAAAUCAUACAGUCAUACAGAGCUUGGACCGACUAGGAAUAAUAGUUUUACAGAUAUUAAUGUCCAAAGAUGCCUUCCCAAAUAAUGUGUAAAAAUGAAAUAAUAUCAGGGGCUGGAAAUAUUUGAACAAAAAUAUUUUACAGGCCUUGGUUUUGAGGCUCAUUCAGAAGAUUUGAAAAUAUCUGAGACGUAUAGUGCAACAAUCUUAUCUGAUCUGACUCAUGUUAAAUCAUAAUUCCAUAAGCUAAAUUACUUUAAUGAAUUCUGUUUUUCAAACCAUGAAGUGGAUUGCUUACAGUAGCAUUGGUUUUCUUCAAAGCAAAAUGAUAAGUUAACAUGAUGUAUGUGUCUUUACAUUAUUUUUAUUUACUUAGUUUUUAGUUCCUGUAGUCUCAAUAACCCUCCUCCAAUCCUUCACUACACGACGUCUCUGCUUUUGCCUGGUCUUCUAACAGCCAUCUUACAAAACAUACAUAUUUAACACUCUUUCUGCAGUAGCAAAUGGCUAUGAUAAAUUAAUGAACACUUCCCUAAUUCAUUUCCAUAAACAUUUAAUUCAUGUGGUGGACAUAGCUAAGAACUUAACCCAAAAUGUUCUGAAGAGCUCUUAAAUCAGUAGGCUGCUCUGCAGACUCACAUUCUCAUUAAGCAUUUUUAUAAAACAUGAAGGCGGUUCUGUUCAGCCGUUUUAAGCAACACCAUUAAACAAAGAAGAUCUGAA